AUGAGGGGGGAUAAUCAGAGCAGCGUGUCUGAGUUCCUCCUCCUGGGGCUCCCCAUCCCGCAAGGGCAGCAGGGCGUGUUCUUCGCCCUGUUCCUGGGCAUGUACCUGACCACGGUGCUGGGCAACCUGCUCAUCAUCCUGCUCAUCAGGCUGGACUCUCGCCUGCACACGCCCAUGUACUUCUUCCUCAGCCACUUGGCCUUCACUGACAUCUCCUUUUCAUCAGUCACAGCUCCAAAGAUGCUCAUGAAUAUGCAUACUCAGGAUCAAUCCAUCUCCUAUGCUGGAUGCAUUUCCCAGGUGUACUUCUUCUUAUUUUGGGGGGAUCUUGAUAGUCUCCUUCUUACCUCCAUGGCCUAUGACAGGUAUGUGGCCAUCUGU